AGGACCCCGUGAUUUUGCCUUCAGGGGCCAGAAUCAGAUUAUUAUUUACAAUUAAUUAUUCGCCUUUCUUUGCGAUUCCGCUCCUCCACGCCGUUCUUGCGACCAAGAUGAGCACGACGACAACAAUGACUCAGACCAUCACGGCGGAGAACGUUCUCACGCUUUUCCCCGACGUGGAUACCUCCCUGGCGCGUUCUGUGUUUCCGACGUCGGCUGCUGGAUCUUCGGCACGCGAUAGCGGGGAGUUGGAGGGGUACGAUGAGGAACAGAUCCGUCUGAUGGAUGAGGUCUGCAUUGUGCUGGAUGAGAAUGACAAGCCUAUUGGAAGUGCUACCAAGAAGACAUGCCAUCUUAUGACGAAUAUCAACCAGGGUCUCCUGCACCGAGCGUUCUCUGUCUUCCUCUUCGACUCGCAGAAGCGUCUGCUCCUCCAGCAGCGUGCCACUGAGAAGAUCACCUUUCCCGAUAUGUGGACCAACACCUGCUGUUCCCACCCGCUAGGCAUUCCCGGUGAGACCGGCGCUGAGUUGGAUGCCGCUAUUCUGGGCGUCAAGAGAGCCGCUCAGCGCAAGCUGAACCAAGAGCUGGGCAUCAAGGCUGAGCAGGUUCCGUUGGACAAAUUUGAGUUCUUGACCCGGAUACACUACAAGGCUCCCAGUGACGGAAAGUGGGGAGAGCACGAGAUCGAUUACAUCCUCUUCAUCCAGGCGGACGUUGAUCUCGACGUUAACCCCAACGAAGUCCGCGACACCACGUAUGUUUCGCCCACCGAGCUGAAGGCGAUGUUCGAGCGGCCAGACCUGAAGUUCACGCCGUGGUUCAAGCUCAUCUGCAACUCCAUGCUGUUCGAGUGGUGGAGCCAUCUCAACACCCCAGCGCUCGACAAGUUCAAGGGCGAGACGCAGAUUCGACGCAUGUAAUCGCAGUGAUUCCCAUGGUGUUAUUAGUUUGUUAUUCAUAAGUAAUGCCGGAUAGGCACAAGAGUAUAUUUGUUGAUAUUUGCGCAUUCGAGAGAAACCGGCAGUUGCAUCGGGAGCGAUAUUUGGAUACCAAUUAUGCGAGCAUACCUGCAUUCAACCCGUCAUACCAUAGAUG